GACUCUGAUUAAUGCACUCUUUGGUGUGAAAGUUGUGCCCUGUACUACCUACUCCUUGAGAAAACUAUGGGGAAGCAGAAAAGAGGCCUUAAAGGUGCACUUGUUUUGCCAAAACUGCCACGACUACCUGGCUUAUCCUGUGAUGCCAAAACCAAGUCCAGUGUGAUUUGUACCACAUGUCGUGCAGAAAAAAGGUUUCAAGACUUGAUGAGCUCGGGAAGUUUUUUUUAAUGUUCAACCUGAAGCAGCAGUUGCUUGAUCUUCUAAAACAAGUCGGUGGAGCUCGUCAUGCUAAUUUGCUGAAAUCGUCAUCCAGAUCCCAGGUGCCAGGUGUGUUUACUGACAUAACAGAUGGAAGUCUCUAUCGAAGCAUCAGAAAACAAAUGAACAUGAUGUGGAGCGAUGUCACGUUGUCGUUGAAUUGUGAUGGGGCACCUGUGUUUGACUCCAGCAAGAGCACAAUCUGGCCCAUUCAAGUGGUGGUCAAUGAACUGCCUGUUUUGAUUCGGUGGCAAAAUGUGUUGAUCACAGGGCUAUGGUUUGCCAGAGCACACCCACCCAUGGAUGUCUUCAUGGCACAGUUUGUCUCAGAAAUCAACAGUAUUGGAACACUUGUAUGGUCGCAUGCCGGGAAAACCGGAAGAUCAGCGGUACAUGCGGUUGCCUGUUGUGUUGACUCCCCAGCAAGGGCAGCUAUCCUGAACAGCAAACAGUUCAAUGGAUACUUUGGAUGUAGCUGGUGCUUGCAGCGAGGCCAAGUGACUGAUGGUGCUCUGAAGUAUCCAUUCUCCAACCAAGUGGCUGACAGGACACACAGUGGCGUGCUAAAAGCCAUGGCGGAAGCAGUUCGUCGGAACGAACCAGUUUUCGGCAUCAAGAGGCCAUCAACUCUUGUCAAGCUGCAAGGCUUUAAUCUUGUGUGGGGCCUACCUCCUGGCUACAUGCAUUGCGUGUUGGACGGUGUCACAAAGCAGGUCACUGAAAUCCGGAGCAUCAAGCUAUCGGCUAUGCUGCUGCAGCCCCUAGUCAUGAUCACCCUCCGCGCCAACGUCAAGACGCCGCAUCAUGGAGUUCCGUCGCAAGACACCGCCGCCUCCAUCGAUGCCAUCCCACCCACUUGUCAAUCAGCACUGGGCACGGAGAAAGACUGA